CAUGGCCCUGUCCCAGUGGUUCUCUGCUCGGUCACCCACCCGUGGUCCAUGCUGAAGCCCCGCGCCCGCUGGCUCGCGCCAUCCAGGCCGCCUAGAAACGCAUCAAGUCAACGCACUGAAUCUAGGCCGAGGCUAGCGCCUUCUCUUGGAGCUCAUAGAUCCGGGCCUGAAGCACCGUGUGGCUCAACAAUUCAUCAAUUAACCACUCCAGAAUCGGGCCGGGGGCCACUGACCACAGGGGCAGGAGGUUCGGGGCCUCCGCGCUGACAGUCGGGCCCUAGGCUCCAAGGGAAAGCAUUUUUAAUACAAAGUAAUUUCAAGAGUGACCGAGUUAAUAAUCGUAGAUAAAAGCAAAGAAGAGUGUUUAAGAGUUCGAACAGGAACUGUGCUUCAAAGGAGGCAAGCAAGGAAGUCUACAGGACUCAGAUACACGGGGAUCCAGUAAAGAUGUCCUACCAAAAUCAGCAACAGUGCAAACAGCCUUGCCAGCUAUCUUCCUCUUGGUCACAGCCUUACCAGCCUAAGUGCCCAGAGCCAUGUGCUCCCAAAUUCUCAGAGCCAUGCCUUCUGAGGUACCCUGAGCAAUGCCCUCCUAAGUGCCCAGAGCCAUGCCCUCCUAGCUAUCUAGAGGCAUGCCCUCCUAGAUGCCCUGAGCCCUGCCCUCCUAGAUGCCCUGAACCAUGCCCUCCUAGGUACCCUGAACAAUGCCCUCCUAGGUGCCCUGAUCCAUGCCUUCCUAGGUGCCCCGAGCCAUGUCCUCCUAGGUGCCCUGAGCCAUGCCUUCCUAAGUGCCCUGAGCCAUGCCUUCCUAAGUGUCCUGAGCCAUGUCCUCCUCGGUGCCCUGAGCCAUGCCCUCCUAGGUAUCCAGAGACAUGCCUUCCUAGGUGCCCUGAACCAUGUCCUCCUAGGUACCUUGAAUCAUGCCCUCCUAGGUGCCCUGAGCCCUGUCCUCCUAGGUGCCCUGAGCCAUGCCCUCCUAGGUGCCCUGAACCAUGUCUUCCUAGGUGCCCUGAGCCAUGCCCUCCUAGGUGCCUUGAGCCAUGCCCUCCUAGGUGCUCUGAGCCAUGCCCCCCUAGGUGCCCUGAGCCAUGCCCUCCUAGGUGCCCUGAGCCAUGCCCUCCUAGGUGCCCUGAGCCAUGCCCUCCUAGGUGCUCUGAGCCAUGUUCUCCUAGGUGCUCUGAGUCAUGUUCUCCUAGGUGUUUAGAGCCAUGCCCUCCUAGGUGCCCUGAACCAUGCCCUCCUCAGUCCUUAGAGCCAUGUCCUCCUAGGUGCCCUGACCUAUGUCCUCCUAGGUGCCCAGAACUAUACCCUCCUAGGUGCCUGGAACCAUCCCCUCCUAGGUGCCCAGAACCCUGCCCUCCUCAGUGCCCUGAAUCAUAUCCUCCUAGGUAUGUACAGCCAAGCCCUCCUAGGUGCCUAGAACCAUGUCCUCCUAGAUGCCCUGAGCCAUGCCCUCCUAGGUAUACUGAGCCAUGCCCUCCUCGGUGUUCUGAACCACACCCUCCUAGGUGUCUCGAGUCCUACCCUCCUAGGUGCCCUGAGCCAUGCCCUCUAAGGUGCCUUGAUUUGUGCCCUCCUAGGUGCCCAGAGCCAUGCCCUCCUAGGUACCCUGAAUCAUAUACUCCUAGGUACCCAGAGUCAUGCUCUCCUGUGUGCCUUGAACCAUGCCCUCCUAGGUGUCUAGAGCAAUGCCCUCCUAGGUGCUCAGAGCAAUGUCCUCCUCGGUGCUCAGAGCCAUACCCUCCUAGGUGCUCAGAGCCAUGUCCUCCUCGGUGCUCAGAGCCAUGUCCUCCUCGGUGCUCAGAGCCAUACCCUCCUAGGUGCCUAGAACCGUGCCCUCCUUGGUGCCCUGAAACAUACACUUCUAGAUGCUCAGAGACAUGCCCCCCUAGGUGCCUUGAACCAUGCCCUCCUAGGUACACUGAACCAUACCCUCCUAGGUGCCCUGAACCAUGCCCACCACAGCAUUGCCAGCAGAAAUAUCCCCUAUGCCCUUCACUCUGCCAGCAACAAUGUUCACUCAAAAGGAAGUAGCAGUGCAAGAUGCUAGCAGAACCAUGAAACUAGGAAUUCGAGCAUCCCUGUGGAGAUUAGGGCUCCCUCACCCUCUCUCUCUGCUCCUCCAUAUCUCUCUACUCUUUAUCUGCUCUGGAUGGAAUGAAAUACCUGAGAGAAACAUCUUUGUUCCUGGAGUUGCAGUUCUUUCAGAAAGAAGAUCUCUAACUAAGUCUCAUCUCCCAUCUGUGUUUCCAUACCCCCUGGAUGAAAGACAGCAAGCAGAGAAAGCACUAACCUACUCCUUGCCAGGCUUUCUGGAACCUGAAUGGAAGAAUGCACCUGAGAGACCAGACUCCCUGGUUUGGUUCCCUGUUCACUAUGUGAAUUUUCCUCUGUGCUAUUGAGUGGUGACUUCCAUCCCCCUGGGAUAUCCUUCCACUACCUUCCACCACUCCAAAUAAAGCCUCUGUUUCAUGGUGACACCAAA